AGGUGAAAUUAGUUGAUAAAGAAAAAGACAACAAAAAAUAGAAAAAAGUGUAAAUAAGAAAAUAGUUAAUCGUUCGACAAAUACAAAGGAAUUUAUAUCCGAAAGGUGCAUUAACUCGAUUACAUGAAGUGUAAUUUGAGCUGUGAUUCAUAGCAUCCAUUUAGAAUAAUAAAAGUUAAAUUGGAUACCUGCAGCAGUGAUUUGGAAAUGAGUCAUUUUUCCUCAACGCCAGGCGAAAUAUCGGGCUGUGAUAGUGAUGAAGACUGUGGAGGACCAAAUAGAAUUCGGAUAGAAAAACCAAUCGAAAGUCCAAUCGCAAACGUGCGGAUUGCAGGAAGUUCCAGCCAGUCACAUCAUGAUGUUACCGCAUUACCUGGAUCGUCGAUACCAAGGUCUACCAUACAGAUGUCAUCGUUUGCAGAAGAACGAAUGCGACGGAAAUUAUUCUUUUUCUUUAUGAAUCCAAUUGAAAAAUGGCAAACACGGCGGCGUUUCCCGUAUAAGUUUUUGGUUCAGCUGAUCAAGCUCGUUUUGGUAACGAUGCAAUUGUGCCUUUUCGCCCAUUCGCGAUACAAUCACGUCAACUAUACGUGGGACAAUCGGGUUUCGUUUUCGCAUUUAUUUUUGAAAGGAUGGGACGCUGAAAGUGAAGUGGAGUCAUAUCCACCGUCGGUUGGACCGUUAGCAUUGUACAUUCAAUCUGACUUUUACGAUACAAUUGAUUAUGCCAUAGCUGGAUACAGUAAUUUGUCCAUUGCCAUCGGCCCAUAUUCAUAUCCGAACGAAGAUAAUACAAUGGCACCACUGAAGCUAUGCUUGUAUCAAUACAAAGAGGGAGUGAUAUUCGGGUUCAACGAGAGCUACAUAUUCAAUUCCGAAAUCGAUAAGAGUUGCAUCAACCUAACGGGAAAUGUGACGACCAUUGGCAGCCAAGAAUAUUUAGCGAGCAAAGGCGUUGUCAUCAGUUUUUCGUCAUUGGUCAAGGCCACUCUCGAAUUUUCUGUGAAAACAGUAAAUUUCAAGGUAGCUGGACUAAUUUCAGCACCCGACUGUUACCAAUUCGACAUUACAAUUUUAUUCGACAAUACCGACCACGAUGGGCAGAUGCUUUUGUCCCUAGAUGCCGAACCGAUACGACUUCAUUGCAAAGGAGACGUCGAAUAUACCAUCGAUUCGGAAAUAGAUGCGGCUAUGCGAAGUGUAUUAAAUGCAUUGGUCAUCAUAAUUUGCCUGAUAUCGUUCUGUUUGUGUACACGAGCCAUAUACAGAGCCCAGUUGCUUCGGAACCAAACGGUACGGUUCUUCCGAGAGACGUACGGUAAGGAACUGAGUCUGGAAGGAAAAAUCGAUUUCCUCAACUUCUGGUACAUCAUGAUCAUUUUCAACGACAUUUUGUUGGUACUCGGCUCGUCCAUGAAGGAACAAAUUGAACGAACAAAUUUCACGGCCGAUGAAUGGAAUACCUGUUCCGUACUACUGGGACUCGGCAAUUUAUUGGUAUGGUUCGGUGUACUUCGCUACCUGGGAUUCUUCAAAACAUACAACGUUGUGAUCUUGACACUAAAACGGGCUGCACCGAAAAUCUCACGAUUUUUAUUGUGUGCGCUGCUAAUUUACGCUGGAUUCACAUUCUGCGGUUGGCUGGUGCUCGGUCCGUAUCACAUCAAAUUUCGCUCAUUGGCUACCACAUCCGAAUGUCUUUUUGCACUGAUUAAUGGCGACGACAUGUUUGCCACAUUCACUACAAUGUCAUCAAAAUCGGAAAUGCUGUGGUGGUUCAGUCGCAUCUACCUAUACUCUUUUAUCAGUUUGUACAUAUACGUUGUGUUAUCGCUUUUUAUCUCGGUCAUAAUGGAUGCAUACGACACCAUUAAAAAGUAUUACAAGGACGGCUUUCCCGUGAAUGAUCUAAAAGAAUUUAUGGGCACAAUGAGUAUGCAAGAUUUUUCGUCCGGUAUCGAUGAGGACGAAAACGAAUCCGAUUCACUGGCUGAUGUUGUGAAAAGGGUAUGCUGUUGCGGUCGAAAGACCAGCGCUGAAGGUCCGACCGGAUAUACGUCAUUAACAAAAUGAAAAGGCACAAAACAUAUGCGAAACUGGACGAUUUUCUGUUUCGUUCAGUUUCUUUUUUUUUCACUUGACUCAUUUUUUUCCUCAUUUUCGUCACCAUUAAUUUAAGUCAAUAUGCUAAUACCUACUGUUAUUAUGAAAAGAAAAGUUCAAUUGUUGUCUCUUGCACGUUAUAAUUGCACACUCGUUUGUAUACUUUAGCAGAAAUUGUUAUUUUUUUUCUCUUUAUUUUGUUAAUGCAUUUGAGCGAUUGGUUGGAGUUGAGCGAUAAGUGAAUUUAUUUAAUGAUAUUUUGUUGUUCCUCAAUGUCAUUUUUAUUUUGAAAAUUUGUCAGCUUCAUUUUUGAGGCGAAGCGAUGGGAAGAUGAAUGGUAAAGCGUUUGAAACUAUAGUUUAAUUAAAUGUGUAAAUAAGCAGAGUUAUAUUUUGUCGAAAUAAACAUUGUCACACAACAU